AUGAUCCCGGUCACUUGUAAUGCAGUGGGCGAUAUUUUGACCCUUGCUACUCUCGUCCUUGACAUCGCUCGCGCACUGGGCGAGUCCCGCGGUUCCGCUUCUGAAUACCGUUCUUUCACUGCAGAACUUCACUCGUUGCACAUUGUACUAGCCUCUGUCGCGCGUGUUGCAGAGCGCGCUACCGACCCCCUUCUACGCGACCAGAUAAUGGGCGAGGUCAACCGCUGCGGCUGCGAUGUGCGCCGAUCGCUCGAGAGGGUCGCCAAGUUCUCUAUCCUCAGUCGUGAAGGCACUGAGGAGGACGUCAUACGUCUGAAGCUGAAGCGGCAGUGGUACAAGCUUGAAUGGCGCUUUGGGCAUCGUGCUCAUAUGCAGUCAGUUCGCACAGAGCUGGUAGAGGCAACGCAGCGUCUGGCAGCAUAUCUCAGCAUCUUAAACGUUGACGCUAUCGACGAUCUUCGCACAUCGCUGGUACACCAUUUCAAUGACUCAGUAGCGCGCCUUUGCACCUCUUUCCUGAAGGAGUAUGCAUUCACGACAGUGAGCAAUACCUCAAGGUUUCCCACGGAAGGCACUGGUUCUACCGAUAGCGUGAACGGCAGCAUGGCUGCAGCCGCUGCAGUGCUCUGCGUCGCGAUCUGUACUGCAAAUGAUGUCCCGCGUGCAGUCCAUACCGCACUGCUACUGGCUGCGGUGUGUAUUCUGGGACGCCGCGGGAUGACGCACUCCGUUCCGUGCGCCAUCACAUAUGCCCAGUCGAACUCCAUAACUCUCCACGACGCUGUUGGUCGGCGGCUCGUGCUUCCACUUGAAUUAUGCGAAACAUUCGAUUUAUUCCAUGCUACAAUCGUCAACCUCUUCUCCACUGACAUGAAAGGACACUGGCUCAUCGAUUCAAAGAGCUAUAGAAUCUUUGACGCAAACGGCGACUACAACAUGUCUCUAGACUGGCUUCCCGCUAGUGAAGGGAAGACCCAUGUCAAUCCGGGUGCGGAGUUGGAGAUGGCAGUGGUUGUGCGGCGGAUCAAGACUGAAUGCAAUCGGACCGCGUAUUGUUGCCCAUGUUGUUUCGCCACGGUAAAUGGUCAACAGAAUACCCGUACAUCUAUUUGCUCGAGCUGCACCGCAGCACUCAGCAACCACACCAUCUAUCUACUUGAUGGUCCUUAUGGCGCCAGAAGGACGGACCAGUCGGAUCUCAUGAAGAUCAUCACCGACGACCGGGGCAGAUUCCCGAACUCCAGGUCGAUGAGGAUGAUCCCUUCUAUAUGUUCUGGACCCCAUGUGUUUCGUCGCGACUCUCGCUCGAAUGCGGUGCCAUCUUCUACUACGAGCACCUCAGAUCAUCCGAAUCCUGACACGAGCAACGAUAUGGAUGCUUUGGUGGCAGGAGUGCAGGAUUUCAAGCGCAUACACAUCGUCAAUUUCGCUUACUCUGCCUCCUCCUCACCUACAAACGCCGGUUUCUCCGGCAUAGCUGGAUCCCAGCUUCACAUAGCUGCCGCAAACGGUCACUACGCUUUGGUUGAGACCAUUCUUACUGCAGGAGGUAUCGCCGUAGACGCACGCGACCAGGGAGGUCAUACCGCUCUACAUCUAGCCUCUUUCUCCGGCCACGCCUACAUCAUCAGCCUUCUUCUCGACUACGGCGCCUUCAUCGAUGCUUGUACAGCGCAGUACGAUCUAACGCCGCUCUCCUGCGCAUUGAUCAACUACGAGCACGAAGCCGCGGCGCUUCUUCUCAGGCGAGGCGCUAUCAUAGAUGCGCCGAAGUCCGCGAGAACUGUCGCGGCAUACACUGCCGUGCGCGCCAAUGAAGCCGGCCUUCUGCAGAUGCUUCUACGGCUCGGCACGUAUACGAAUGCGCGCCUAUUCGAUGAUCUGGAGACAAUGACCCACGCAGCUGUGCGAGCUGAGAGCACGGAACUGCUCGAGAUUCUUCUUCAUCAUAGCGUGGGCGUGAAUGUGCGCUCAAAGCAUGGCGAGCGGCCAAUAUGCCUCGCAGCACUGCACGGGCUGGAGGCACAUUUCCACCUGCUCUUCGAACACCCGGGACGUCUGGAAGACGACUUCUCUCCUUCGGCGGCAAACGGAGGGCGCUCCUUAUUGCAUUAUGCCGCUAUGGGCGCAAGUGUCGAUAUCAUGAAAACGCUGAUCGACCACGGAGCCGGGAUAGACGCGCGCUCGUUCUACGACGAAACUCCAUUGUCGCUCACGCUGAGCUGUCACUUCGAUCGGAGCAGCGCUGUAGAGCUACUCCUCUCGAGAGGUUCCAACGCGAAUUUGAGCGCGAGUCCGAUGGUACCCGGGGGACCGCUUGAGCCAGGGCGUUGGAUGCCACUGCACAUAGCGGCCCACACUGGCGCAUACGGGUGUAUCGAAGCGCUUCUACGGCACGGUGCGGACGUGAAUGCCCUUACUGAAGCCGGUCAUACACCACUGUCGUUGGCAAGAGGAAAGAAGCGCGAGGGGUAUCGCUGGCCCUACGAAGAUGUAAUCGCGUUGCUCCUCUCAUGGGGUGCCACACCAGAAACAUAG